CCGGCGGAGCCUGGAGGGAGUUCCCUUUCCCUUUAAAUGCAAAUCCCGGGCUGUGCGGACGGUGUCCGGCGGGCUCGGGGUGUCCAUCGGCUCCCGGAGGCCGGAGCGGGCCUGGCGCAGGGAAGGAGCCUCCACGCGCCGUGUCCGUGGCACGCAGGGUCCCGGUCCCGCAGCCCCCGCAGCCCCCGCAGCCCCCGCAGCCGCGGCCAUGGAGGAGCGGAGGAAGAAGCGGAGCCCCCAGAGCUGCCUGGCCCAGCCGCUGCCCGCCGGGGCCCCGCGGCCGCUGCCCCCGAGCAAGAGCACGUCCUUCGCGCUGCCGCUGCCCGCGCUGCCCUCGCCCCGGCAGCGGCCGCGGCCCCGCCGGGCGAGCAAGGAGCGGGCGCGGGCGGGCGCGGGGGCGUCCCGGGGGGCCCCGCUCCAGCACAGCUUCCUCACGGACGUGUCCGACGUGUGCGAGAUGGAGCGGGGGCUGCUCAGCCUCCUCAGCGACUUCCACUCGGGAAAGCUGCAGGCGUUCGGGAAGGAGUGCUCCUUCGAGCAGCUGGAGCACGUGCGGGAGAUGCAGGAGAAGCUGGCGCGGCUCCACUUCGGCCUGGACGUGUGCGUGGAGGAGCUGCCCGAGGAGCAGAAGAAGGCGGCGGCCGACAGGAACCUGGACCAGCUGCUGGCACACCUGGAAGAGCUCAGCAGCUCCAUACAGAAGCUACACCUGGCCGAGAGCUCGGACCCCGAGGACGCGGCGCCCUGACCCCGUCCCCGUCCCCGUCCCCGUCCCCGCCAUCCCCGGGCCCCGGAACCGGGCCCGGCCGGGCCCCCCCCGCCAUGGCGGCGGCGG